AAAUAGAAGAAAGAGGAGAAGAUAAAAGGCUUAUGUUUUUGAGAAGGAGGAGAAACUGAUUUUUUUUUUCAAUCUCUAAGUAUUGAUCUUGCUUUGUUUUCCUAAAGCUGCGAGUCAGUGCAGGGCAUUAUAGCUUUGAUUAAAAGGUAAAAAUCUUAGUGAAAUAGCCUUCCUUGUUUGUCAGUUCAUUUAAAAAGCCCAAUGCGUGGCUUAAUGCCUUUUCUGCCAGUCUCUUUCUGUUUAUUGCUGAUUUGACAGCCUCUGGUCCUUUUCCUUUGCUGUUAAAUGUGUGUGUCCUUUGUUUGUGCUGGUGGAUUUUGCUACAUUUGUACGUGAGAGAAAAGCCUGUCAUUGCCAGUCUGGUCUAAUUAUCCUUCUGGGUGAGCAUAUACAUUAAAUAGACCUUGUAAGCCAUGAAAGAAGAGAGCUCAAAACAGCGUAGAUUUUCUUCAUGUACUAUGGUUUCGCCUGUUUUAUUUCCUCCACGAAUUGAUGGCCGAAAGCUUGUCCGGAAUGCUUCGUUUGGAGGAUACAAUGAACUUUCUCCUUCAUUGGCAGGGUUUGAAAGAGGAAAAGAAGACAUUUCUCAAAAUAAAGAUGAAUCUUCACUUUCUAUGUCAAAGAGCAAGUCUGAAUCCAAACUCUAUAAUGGCUCGGAGAAGGACAGUUCAUCCUCAAGUAAGCUCACAAAAAAGGAAUCUCUUAAGGUACAAAAGAAAAACUACCGAGAAGAAAAGAAACGAGCUACAAAGGAAUUACUCAGUACAAUCACAGAUCCUUCUGUUAUUGUUAUGGCUGACUGGUUGAAGAUUCGUGGUACUUUAAAGAGCUGGACCAAGCUAUGGUGUGUGUUGAAACCUGGGGUGCUACUGAUCUAUAAAACCCAAAAAAACGGUCAGUGGGUAGGGACAGUCCUUUUGAAUGCCUGUGAAAUCAUUGAGCGUCCAUCAAAAAAGGAUGGAUUUUGUUUCAAACUUUUCCAUCCUUUGGAGCAAUCUAUUUGGGCUGUGAAGGGUCCAAAAGGUGAAGCAGUUGGAUCCAUAACUCAGCCCUUGCCCAGCAGUUAUUUGAUCAUUCGAGCUACUUCAGAGUCAGAUGGAAGGUGCUGGAUGGAUGCUUUGGAGUUGGCUUUGAAGUGUUCCAGUCUUCUUAAACGCACAAUGAUCAGGGAAGGAAAGGAGCAUGACCCCAGCAUUUCAUCAGAGAAUACACAUGUGACUUUGUAUGGCUUAUUACGUGCUAAUAAUCUUCACAGUGGUGACAACUUCCAGUUAAAUGAUAGUGAAAUUGAACGACAGCAUUUUAAGGACCAAGAUAUGUAUUCUGAUAAAUCUGACAAGGAAAAUGAUCAAGAACAUGAUGAGUCUGACAAUGAGGUGAUGGGGAAAAGUGAAGAAAGUGACACAGAUACAUCUGAGAGGCAAGAUGACUCAUAUAUCGAACCUGAGCCAAUUGAACCUUUAAAAGAAACUACCUAUACUGAACAGAGCCAUGAAGAACUGGGAGAGGCAGGUGAGGCUUCUCAAACAGAAACUGUUUCUGAAGAAAACAAAAGCCUUAUCUGGACCUUGCUGAAGCAAGUCCGUCCUGGCAUGGACCUGUCCAGAGUGGUUCUGCCUACAUUUAUUUUGGAACCUCGAUCUUUUCUGGAUAAGCUUUCAGAUUACUACUACCAUGCAGAUUUUCUGUCUGAGGCUGCUCUUGAAGAAAAUCCUUAUUUCCGUUUGAAGAAAGUAGUAAAGUGGUAUUUGUCAGGAUUUUAUAAAAAGCCAAAGGGAUUGAAGAAACCUUAUAAUCCAAUACUUGGUGAGACUUUCCGUUGCUUGUGGAUUCAUCCCAGAACAAACAGCAAAACCUUUUAUAUUGCUGAACAGGUGUCCCAUCAUCCACCAAUAUCUGCCUUUUAUGUUAGUAACCGGAAAGAUGGAUUUUGCCUUAGUGGCAGUAUCCUUGCUAAGUCUAAGUUCUAUGGAAACUCAUUGUCUGCAAUAUUGGAAGGAGAAGCACGGUUAACGUUCUUGAAUAGAGGUGAAGAUUAUGUAAUGACAAUGCCGUAUGCUCAUUGUAAAGGAAUUCUUUAUGGCACCAUGACACUGGAGCUUGGUGGAACAGUCAAUAUUACAUGUCAAAAAACUGGAUAUAGUGCAAUACUUGAAUUCAAACUAAAGCCAUUUUUAGGUAGCAGUGACUGUGUUAAUCAAAUAUCAGGAAAACUUAAAUUGGGAAAGGAAGUCUUAGCUACUUUGGAAGGCCAUUGGGAUAGUGAAGUUUUUAUUAAUGAGAAAAAGACUGAUAAUUCAGAGGUUUUCUGGAAUCCAACACCAGACAUUAAGCAAUGGAGACUAAUAAGGCACACUGUAAAAUAUGAAGAGCAAGGAGAUUUUGAAUCAGAGAAACUCUGGCAGCGGGUAACUCGAGCCAUAAAUGCCAAAGACCAAACAGAAGCCACUCAAGAAAAGUGUGUUUUAGAAGAAGCUCAAAGACAGUCCGCCAGAGAACGGAAAACUAAGAAUGAAGAAUGGAGUUGCAAAUUAUUUGAACUUGAUUCACUCACAGGAGAAUGGCAUUAUAAGUUUGCAGAUACUCGACCAUGGGACCCACUUAAUGAUAUGGUACAGUUUGAAAAAGAUGGUGUUAUCCAGACCAAAGUGAAACAUCGCACCCCCAUGGUUAGUGUCCCAAAAAUGAAACAUAAGCCAACCAGGCAACAGAAGAAAGUGGCAAAAGGAUAUUCUUCCCCAGAACCUGAUAUCCAGGAUUCAUCUGGAAGUGAAGCUCAGUCACUCAAACCAAGUACAAGAAGAAAGAAAGGGAUAGAACUUGGAGAUAUUCAAAGUUCAAUUGACUCUAUAAAACAAACACAGGAAGAAAUUAAAAGAAAUGUUAUGGUUCUUCGAAAUCACUUCAUUUCAAGUACACCUGCCACGGAUUAUUUCCUGCAACAAAAAGACUACUUCAUCAUUUUUCUCCUGAUUUUGCUUCAAGUUAUAAUAAACUUCAUGUUUAAGUAGAAGUUCUUUAGUUGAUUCAGUGAAGUAGAUCUGGACUGGGACCAAUGUUCAAGUUCGUUGGUCUUUAUCAGAGCAUCACAUUUCUAAAACAAAAACCUUAGAAGUACACAUAGAGGUAUUGACUUUUCAUACCUUUCAUCCUUAAUGGAAAACAAGAGCUGUUCUCUUAAGGGUUAUUAAAGUGAGCUAUAUGUUAAG